CAUUCUUCAUGAAAAACAAAAUCAGUCAUCCAUCUUCUAUCUUCUUACAUUCAUGCUAGGAAUCUGACAACAGAAAAAAAGGAAAAAAAAAAAAGGGGACAAAGAAAACUCAGAAAAAACCACGUUUUCCCCCAUUGCGCUCUCUCACCAUAACCAGCAUUGCAGCAGCUCUAGCUGGAGAUUAUUGUUACGCCGGUCAACCCAGCAAAAAAUUACCCCGACCCGACCCCCACAAAGACAAAGGGAUUAUUAGAAUAAGUCCCGACUCAUGAAUGCCAAACGUCAGCCUUGGCAUUAAAUGUGAUCGGGGCAAACCAAUAGCUGCAAGUUUCAAUAUCAAAGCCUUUCGGAUUUCCGACCAUUACUAACUCAUUCAAAAACUGAUUGUUAUUACUUAUUAUUAGAAGAAUUAUUUUUUCUUCUUGUUUAUGUGUGUGUGUGUAUAUAUAUAUAUAUAGAAGAUAGAGUAUUGUGAGAACAAUGGUACUGAGCUGCGGCGAUGGCGGAUAUCAUCGUCAAACAAAUCCUAUCGAAACCAAUACAAUUGGCUGACCAGGUUACCAAAUUAGCCGACGAGGCUGCCUCCUUCCGUCAAGAAUGCCUAGAAAUCAAAGCCAAGACCGAGAAACUCGCGGGCUUGCUCCGUCAGGCGGCCCGCGCCAGCAAUGAGCUAUAUGAACGUCCCACCCGGCGGAUCAUUUACGAGACGGAACAAGCUUUGGACAAAGCUUUAACCCAGAUCUUCAAAUGCAAGGCCAACGGUCUCAAACGCGUUUUCACCAUUGUUAACAGCGGCCACAUCAAGAAGAUCUCCCAACAGCUCGAGAAUUCCAUCGGAGAUGUAUCCUGGCUCCUUCGUGUUUCCGCCCCCGCGGACGACCGAGACGACGAAUAUCUGGGGCUUCCUCCGAUCGCGGCAAACGAGCCAAUCCUGUGCCUGAUUUGGGAACAGAUUGCCAUCCUCUGCUCUGGGUCGAUCGAAGAACGGGCCGACGCGGCUGCUUCGCUGGUUUCCUUGGCCCGAGACAACGAUCGGUACGGGAAACUGAUAAUCGAGGAAGGCGGGAUCCCGCCGUUGUUGAAGUUGGCUAAAGAAGGAAGAAUGGAAGGUCAGGAGAACGCCGCGAGGGCCAUCGGUCUGUUAGGGAGGGACCCUGAAUGCGUGGAACACAUCGUGAACGCCGGGGUUUCGUCGGUGUUUGCGAAGAUCCUGAAAGAAGGCCAUAUGAAGGUUCAGGUUAUGGUGGCGUGGGCCAUCUCAGAAUUGGCUGCUAAUCAUCCUGAUUGUCAAGAUCAUUUCGCGCAGAACAAUAUCAUUCGUUUGCUGGUGAGUCAUUUAGCUUUUGAAACCAUUCAGGAACACAGCAAAUACAGCGUCAAACAAGGAGGAUUCCACAAGACGGCUAAAAUGGCUCAGGAAGCUAAUAAUAACGUCAAAGCCAAUGCACAGGAUGAUGAUCCAAAAUCGACUCAAGUGGCUCAUCCCACGGGAGGAAAAGAGAUGCAGAACAAUAUGCACAACGUGGUAGCCGAUACCAUGGCCCUGAAAUCAAACCCGAAAACCGGCCAGGCCGUUCAAACUAGGCAGCACACUCCCAAUCAGAAUCAGAAUCAUCAUCAACAUCAAAAUCAACAUCGUCAUGUGGCGUUAGCCGGGUCAAGCAUCAAAGGUAGGGAAUUUGAAGAUCCGAUAACCAAAGCACAGAUGAAAGCAAUGGCUGCAAGGGCACUCUGGCAUCUCUGCACCGGGAACGUGACAAUCUGUCGAAGCAUUACGGAAUCCAGGGCGCUUUUAUGUUUUGCGGUGCUGUUAGAAAAAUCCAAGGACGAGAUCCAGUACAAUUCAGCAAUGGCGUUGAUGGAAAUCACGGCGGUUGCGGAAGAACAUUCGGAACUCCGCCGAUCUGCCUUCAAGCCAACUUCUCCGGCAGCUCGAGCUGUAAUCGACCAGUUCUUACGGAUCAUCGAGAAAGAAGAUCCAGACCUCCUGAUCCCUAGCAUCAGGUCGAUCGGAAGCCUGGCCAGGACUUUCCGGGCGACAGAAACACGGUUCAUCGGGCCGCUGGUUAAACUCCUGGACGACAGGGAGCCCGAAAUCAUUUGCGAGGCGGCCAUUGCGCUGACGAAAUUUGCCUGUACUGAUAAUUUCCUGCACGUGAAUCACUCGAAGGCGAUCAUCGAUGCUGGGGGAACAAAGCACUUGAUUCCCCUGAUAUAUUUCGGGGAACAAAUGGUUCAAAUUCCAUCGCUGAUACUGCUUUGUUACGUGGCGAUGCAUGUGCCUGAUAGCAAGAUUUUCACUCAGGAAGAUGUGAUCAUCGUGUUUGAGUGGACGACAAAACAGGAACCCCUGAUGAGUGAUCCUACAGUGAAGCAUUUAGUAGAGGAAGCCAAGAAUAGUCUACAUUUGUAUCAGUCCCGCUAAGGUUUUUAGCUUACGAGUUUUCCGUCUUUUUUCUUUCUUUCUUUUCCUUCGUGUUGUUCGACUUUUGUAAGUAAGAAAUUAGCAAGCUUUUGGAGAUAAAAAGUGCAACAAUUACAGUAGUACUAGUAAAUUAGGCAUCGUCUGCUUUUCAUAUUCCUUCCUUACUGGAUGAAUGGAUGUAUUAUAUGGGUAGCAAUUUUGUCGUCAGGCACCUUGAAUUGUGUGAAUGCGUGUGUAUUUUUUUGUUUUCAAACUUUCAGGAA